GUUCAAUAAGCCUGAACCAAUCUCGCCUCUGGUUUUGUUUGUUUCAGAACUCCCUAAUCCCCAUCACAGCUCUGUUUUCCACUCUCUCUUCUACUCCGUCGCCAUGACAAAGCAAUAUGAUCUUGAACAAAAUGCAAACACUUCUUUUUUUCCUCCUUGUGGUUGUUUUCCACUUCAAAGACAUGCAAAGUGCCGCUUUGUGGGAAUUGACAUAUUUAAUGGGAAGAAGCUUGAGGAUAUCGUUCCUUCAUCCCACAACUGUGAUGUUCCUCAUGUUUCUCGUGCUGAUUAUCAGUUGAUUGAUAUCUCUGAAGACGGUUUUGUGAGUCUUUUAAUGGAUAAUGGAGACACCAAGGAUGAUCUGAGGCUUCCCACUGAUGACAAUCUGCUCGGCCAGAUGGGUUUGGUGAAGGAAAGGACCUCGUGCUGAGCAUUAUGUCUGCAAUGGGGGAGGAGCAGAUCUGUGCCCUAAAGGACAUUGGCCCAAAAAACUAAAUAUGAUGCUGUAGCAGUAGCUAUGGCUGAUGUCAAAAGAAGCCCUUGCUUUUAGAUCUGAGAGGGAAGUUAUCUACUGGUGUUACAAUAAGUUUCUAUUAGAUGCAAUCUAGUACUGUAAAAAAAGAAAAUUCAGCACUCAUCUGUGUGCUUAGAAUUCUAUCAGGCUUGUGAAUGGGGGCCAGGAAAUAGAAAGGUGGGGCUGCAUAUCCCUCAGUGAAGGGAACUUAAGUUUACAGCAGGAUGGAAUUUAUACAAAUAUAGCUAUUCUGCCAUUUUCUUGUUUCUGUUUUAGCUUUGCCCUUCUUGGGGGCUGUGGUUCGUUUCUUUUUCCUUUUACAGAAUUUGAGGAUUAUGGGUUUCACUCAUUGGAAAUUCUUAAAAGAAAUUCCGGAUUUUUCAAGCACCUCAAUUCUGAAGGAAUUGAUUGUCAAAGAGUGUAGAAGUUUAAUUGAGUUGCAAUAUUUAUGUGCGCUUCGUCGUGGUUAUUAUCCAAAUCUCGCAAAGAAGAUGGGGGGAUGAUGGACAGUCCAUAUUGAGUCCAACAAAUUAUAAUGGAGAACAACUACAUGAAUUGCAGCCUCCAACAAAUUCAAUCACUGCAUUACAAGUGUAGAAUCUUCUAAAUUGUUCGAAUCAAAUUUCUUUACCAUGUUUACUUUUGUGUUUACUUUGCAUAGUUCAGAUCUAUUGGGGACUGAAAUUGUUAGCCUUUCCACGAGCAUCAAAGGAUUCGUUAUAUUUCCUCAAGAGAUUGUCACAAACUUGAAGAAAUAUUAGAACUUCCACCAAAUAUAACAAAUGUCAAAUGCUGAAGGAUGCAAAUCAUUAGAAAGAUUUGCAAAAGUAUAACAACUACAUAAUAGAAGCUUCCUAGUUCCAGGAACAUGCAAUCGACAUAAGGAGUUAAUAACUUCACACAUAGCAUCUCUGCCCCAAGCAAUUACAUAAAUAAUAAACUCCCCAUAAUUAUGAUUGGGAUCCAUGAUGUUAGAGGCACUUUGGGAAUUGGGAUGUAUUUUUCUUGGCUUCAUCUCAUGUGAAAUCAGCAUUAUUACUACACAUGGCAGCGCUGUUCCCAUGGAUUGAUCAUUGAUGUGCAUAAUGCAUGUUGUUUUUUAUUUCUGAAUAAAGUAAACUUCAUUACUAAAUAAGGU